GACGGCAUGGAGGAGAUUGACCUGAACAACAUUGUCGAAGGCGGUCGUCGCACCCGCGGCCGUGUCAUCGACUUCGCAAAGGCCGCCGAGGAGAACCCUGCCGAGGACGACGAGGAUGACGAGGACGACGACUUCCAGGCACCCGACGACUCCCGGAUGGAUGAGGACUAGAUCAGCGAGAAUUUCUCGUUUCUCUGCUCGUCACCUCUUCUUCUUCCAGCCGUGCUUCACUUU